UCUUUUCAGGAGCGAGGUGGCAGCAACUCUUUCACCCAUGAAGCCCUUACACUUAAAUAUAAGCUGGACAAUCAAUUCGAGCUUGUAUUUGUGGUUGGAUUUCAAAAAAUCUUGACUUUAACCUACGUGGAUAAGUUGAUAGAUGAUGUCCAUAAGGAGUUCAGAGAUAAAUAUCGAAAUGAGUUUCAACAGAAGGGAACUCUUGGGAUCCUUAAUGGCACCUUUGAUUUUAAGGAAGAUUUUUUACGUCUCCAACGGGAAGCAGAGGAGAGCAGUAAAGCCCGAGCUCCCACUGCCAUGAAGACUUUUGAACAGUCAGCAAAGUCCCAAAAAACCGUGAAGUCUAUGAUAGAAACUCGGGGAGAGAAACCAAAAGAAAAAACUAAGAAUAAGAAAAACAAAGGUUCCAAAAAAGAAGCUCAAGGAAGUGAAGUGGCUACAGCCCCCAAAACAGCUCCUGCAGUUAAGCCGGACCCUCCUCUUCCAACUGCGGACAAGGAAGAACUGAGUAAGGAUGAAAUUUUGAAGAAGAACCGUGAAGAAUUCUUCAAGAAACGGAUGAAGGGUGGAGAGAAGUCCAACAAAUCGCCAAAGCAGGAUGCUCAGAAGGACAAGGGGAAGAAGCCCCGUGUGUGGGAUACAGGGAAUUCUAAUGCCAAAGUACUUGAUUAUAGUAACUCCACUACUAAUGGAAACACAGACACUUGUCCCAUGGAGAAUUAUGAUGCAGAAAUGCUGCUGGUAGAUGGAAAUCGUGAGCGUGGCCGCCUUCUUGAUCUUGAGUAUGAUAGUGAAGAGGAUCCUGGAGAAGAGGAUAAGGUGGUUCCAAACUCUUCAAAUACAAGCACCAAGAAAAGUGGUCUUGGAGGCAUGUUUGGGAUGCUGAAAGGUCUUGUGGGUUCUAAAAGCUUAUCCAGAGAGGACAUGGAGCCUGUGCUGGAGAAGAUGAAAGAUCAUUUGAUUGCGAAGAAUGUUGCUGCUGAAAUUGCAGUUCAGUUGUGUGAAUCUGUUGCAAAGAAACUGGAAGGCAAAGUGAUGGGCACCUUCACUACGGUGACGUCAACUGUGAAGCAGGCCCUUCAAGAAUCUCUGGUGCAGAUCCUCCAGCCUCAGCGCCGGGUGGACAUCUUGCGUGAUGUGAUGGAUGCCAAGCUUCACCGCCGACCUUAUGUUAUCACUUUUUGUGGUGUCAAUGGAGUUGGGAAGUCAACCAACUUGGCCAAGAUUUCUUUCUGGCUGAUUGAAAACGGGUAUAGCGUCCUCAUUGCUGCCUGCGAUACCUUCCGUGCCGGAGCCGUGGAGCAACUUCGUACUCAUACUCGCCGCCUGAAUACUCUGCAUCCACCAGAGAGUCACAGUGGUCGCACCAUGGUGCAGCUUUAUGAGAAGGGAUAUGGGAAGGAUGCAGCCGGUAUUGCCAUGGAGGCCAUUUUAUACGCACGCAACCAAGGCUUUGAUGUGGUUUUGGUGGACACGGCAGGCCGUAUGCAAGACAACGCUCCCCUGAUGACAGCUCUGGCUAAACUCAUUGCAGUUAACACCCCGGAUCUUGUUCUGUUCGUGGGAGAAGCUCUGGUGGGAAACGAGGCUGUGGAUCAGCUGGUCAAAUUUAACAAAGCCCUUGCAGAUUACUCCAUGGCUCAGUCCCCACGUCUCAUUGAUGGAAUUGUUCUCACCAAGUUUGACACCAUUGAUGACAAGGUGGGUGCAGCCAUCUCCAUGACAUACAUCACUAGCAAACCUAUUGUGUUUGUGGGAACUGGACAGACCUACUGUGACCUGCGUAGCCUUAAUGCCAAGGCUGUAGUUGCUGCUCUUAUGAAGGCCUAAGCAUCCAUCAUUGCACCAAAUUCCUGUCUGCAGAUGUCUUGGAAUGUGCUUUCCAACUGUAACUUUUCCUGGAAUCUUCCCCCACCCCCACCCUUUUUUUUGGCAUAGUGCAAAAGAGAAUAGAGGAACGCUAGGAAAAAAAGCCACUGUCCUCAUUUCAUUACAUAUUGCACACUUCCCUCCCUGCAGUGCAUGGAGUUUAAUUUUAGUAGAGCUGCCUGUCUUCAGUUGUGUUCCACUUCUUUAAAAUGACUUUGUCCUGCUCUAAAGUUCUUUGGGAAGAGUCUUUCUUGAAGCAUUUGCUGUCUACAGCAUCUCUUUGCUUUAUUCUCCCUUGUCCAGUAAGCCUUCCUUUUUUUUCCCUUCCUCCCUCCCUCCCUCCCUCCCUCCCUCCCUCCAGCUCAUCCUGGGUUAGUGGUGUCACAAGAGCUGGGGAAGAGAGUUGUGCUCCAGCCCUUGGACUUGCUGACAUACUUCAGACUCUGCCUUGGGCUUGAGCAGCCACUCUGGAUUACAUUUGGGGCGGGGGGGGAGAGUCAAAAGCAAAAGGGGUGAUGCCUGGAGAAAGGCAUCUAGCAGUAAAUUAGCUGUCCCUGAUUAUUGUAUAGAGCAGAGAGAGGUUGCUCAUGACAUAGGCUUCGUAAGCUGGUUUUGAUCACAACAGCACCCCAACUGCAGAUCAGAAAAAACAACAGAGUAAGGGUAAAUCUUUUUGUUCUAGGAGGAGGAAGUAUGAGUGUGAGGGCUGCUGAUUCCUUCACAAAGUCGCCUUGUCAAGCCCUUAUACAUUAAGCUUGUCUGAAUUGUCUGUGAUGACCCUACGUGGCAACUUUGCACACGAUCUUCAAUCCACACAGGCGAAGCAGGUGGUUGUGUUCCUGAUGGUUCUCUGAGGACAGUUCCUUUAUCUGGCCCCUUCCCCCAGCCAACAGGGUCCUUUCCCUAAAGGGAAAAAUAAGUCCUUGGAUGGAUUUUAAUUCUGACAGAUGAGCUUUCGGCCUCAGGAGUGGGUUUCCCACUCCCAUAAAGAAGCUGGUUCUGGAAGUCACUGCCUCACCUCACCCAUCAAGGGGGAGAGAUACACAAACAGCCAGCAGGAGCCACUGCAUGCCACUCCACCUGCACUGGCUUUUGCUUUCCAAACCAACCUGUCUGCUUCUUUCUCCUCCUCCUCUCCUGGGGAUUAUGCUGGUGGCUGCCUGCUGCCUUCCUCCCCUCCCCUCCCCCUCCCCUCCCCUCCCCUCCCCUCUCAGAGUGCCUCUUGAUCCCAGUAUAAAGUGCUGUGUUGAAUAACACCAACGUCUCCAUGAAGACGCCUUGGUAGCUCGGCACUGCAGAUGUGCUCUAGUGCAAUACGUUGAACGCUGCCUGCUGAAAAUUUAUAUAAUAAAAUUUCUAAAACCUUUUCUUUGUCUUCCUGGACUUUGAAAAGCCGACUUCUCUAAGAUCCAGCAUGACUGACGGACAGGUUUUCUGAGUACACAGCUUGCUCACUUUCAGUUCCUCUGCUCCUGCUAGUCCCAACUGCAGGAUCAUUUUAGGAGGACCUCCAGCCUUACAGCAGCAGGAUUCACAGAAGCUGUUGCGACUGGAUACAUUCCCACAUUACUUUAAUCCCAUAGUUUAAUCUCAUCUGAACAAGCAGGAAUAAGGAAUACGUUCCCUGCCCAGCCACCUCCUCACUGGACAGGCUGAAACAAAAAUCAGAAGACUUUUGCUGAUCCAGAGUCUGUUAUGCCACUUAGACUAUUAAAGACCAGAUGAACACACA